UCUUGGAUAGGCGAUGGCAGUCUUCAGGGCUCUGGUGGCGGGGUGCAAGGGAGGUGGCUUCUGCACAUUUGGCAUGGAAGAAAGCCAGAAGCUGCCACACCUCCUCUGGGUGGAUGAAGUUGAGAGAAUACCUAAUGCGUGUAUUAGGAGGAAAUGUCUUGGUGAAAGGUGUGGUGUUGAAUUAGAAUCAUUGCAUAUAAAACUGAGCAAACAGAAACAGGAUGCAUAACUUCCCACAUAUCUCAGCUAUGACUAGUACUUACAGCAGCAUCGUAAUACAAAGACUGAAGAUUGUCCUAACCACAGCUAUGAUAUGUGACUGUUGGGAGACUGGGGAAUGGAAAGGGGUCAUGUGGCAAUGGUGGCAGGAGGAAGGAAAUAACGUCUUCACCUCCCAUAGUGGGAAGCCAGUAGAUAAGACUGAAAACAGAAGCAUCAUGACCAGUCGUACGGGCUGACAGAGAUUAUCCUCUUGACUUAAACCACAGUGAAACCUUCCUUCAAACUACAACAUUUCUUCCUGAAGACUUCACCUACUUUGCAAACCAUACCUGCCCUGAAAGGCUCCCUUCCAUGAAGGGCCCAAUAGACGUAAACAUGAGUGAAAUUGGAAUGGAUUACAUCCAUGAACUCUUCUCCAAAGACCCAACCAUCAAGCUCGGAGGUCACUGGAAGCCUUCUGAUUGCAUGCCUCGGUGGAAGGUGGCGAUCCUUAUCCCCUUUCGGAACCGCCACGAGCACCUCCCAGUCCUGUUCAGACACCUGAUUCCCAUGCUUCAGCGCCAGCGCCUGCAGUUUGCAUUUUAUGUGGUUGAACAAGUUGGUACCCAGCCCUUUAAUCGAGCCAUGCUUUUCAACGUUGGCUUUCAAGAAGCAAUGAAGGACUUGGAUUGGGACUGUUUAAUUUUUCAUGAUGUAGAUCACAUACCAGAAAGUGAUCGCAACUAUUAUGGAUGUGGACAGAUGCCAAGGCAUUUUGCAACCAAAUUGGAUAAGUAUAUGUAUCUGCUUCCUUAUACUGAGUUUUUUGGCGGAGUGAGUGGCUUAACAGUGGAACAGUUUCGGAAAAUCAACGGCUUUCCUAAUGCUUUCUGGGGCUGGGGUGGAGAAGAUGACGACCUCUGGAACAGAGUCCAGAAUGCAGGCUAUUCUGUGAGCCGGCCAGAGGGUGACACAGGAAAGUACAAGUCCAUUCCUCAUCACCAUCGAGGAGAAGUCCAGUUUCUUGGAAGGUAUGCCCUGCUGAGGAAGUCAAAAGAACGGCAAGGGCUGGAUGGCCUCAACAACCUGAACUACUUUGCAAACAUCACAUAUGACGCCUUGUAUAAAAACAUAACUGUCAACCUGACACCCGAGCUGGCUCAGGUGAACGAGUACUGAGAGGAGAGAAUGUAUGUUGGCUUUACCCACCGCCACCAAGAAAGCAGUCUGAUGAGAUUUUUUUUGUGGGGGGGGGGUCUACACAGCAAGAGAACAGAAAUACAGUGUCUCAUGAAGGAUCACAGGGUUUGGGGGGAAAUGUGACCGCACACGCACAAACGCCUUCACUGGAUCAGCUGCUGGGACCGAGGGAGUGAGCUUGGGGACAUCCUUCGUCAGCACUGGCUUUCUGUUUUCACAAGACAGACGUCUGUCCCGCUGCUCUCUCCCCGUCUCCUACCCCACAUCCUGUCUUAGCCACAGUCUCCAGAACCCGUGAUGAACUGUGAUCUGCCGUGGUCCUGCCGUGGAGCCUGUCCCUACAUGUGACCUUGCAGCCUCUUGGCCUUCAGAGCAGAGGCAAACCCAGCACAGGGCAGCUGCGUUUUAGGAAGAGCAAAUGAAACUCCACACCAUUCUUCUAUAUCUCUGGUGUUCUCUUUGGUUUCAUUUUUUUAAAAAAAUUACCUUUGGGUGGGGAUAGAGGGUGGAGGGGAGGGUAUUUGGGAAAGAUAAAUAGACAUAAAUAUAUAACAAUCACUUCUUGAAGAAGUAUAAUUGUAAAUAAGCCAUGUAAAAUGCCUUUUUAAAAUUUAAUUUCUAGCUGGCUCCAGUUCAAACCCAGGAUUUAUAUAUUAGACCAUUUAUUUGGUUGGCAAGUGCAGGAACUCAGUUAAAAUGCUGUUGAAGGAUAUCAUCUCCCGAAUGGCUGUUGCCUCGGGAAGGGAGUGGAUAUAGGGCAUGUCACAAAAGAACAAAAUAACCCGACCUUUAUUGCCGGGAGCUGGCUUCUGCCCCUUUCUUUCUCCCCACGAGUCUUGUCCUUGACUUCUGCUGUGGACUCACUCUUCCCUGUUGGCCACGUAUGCGCUCAUCCCACUCUCCGCUAAGCGGAGAGCAGGCUGCUUCCCGCCCAAAGCAGGCCCUCCGCGGCUCGCUGCGCACACAUCCCUGGCUCUCCCCACUUCAUGUUUUGUCCUUUUAUCAGCAUGUGGUUUGGGAGGGGGGUUGUAUGGGAACCCCUCCCCCCCUUCUUUUCUCUGUGGAAACUUGGCCACAGUUUCUGAACAAUGUGCCUACAUUACCAGCUGGCUUCAGUGAUUCCUCUGUUUCCCUUUUUGGUUUCUGGAAAGAUUCUUUGUCAACAUUAGUAACUGAUACACAGAACCAAGGAGCACUGGAGUAGGAAAGAAUUGAGCCAGGGAGCCGGUGACACUUGUGUGCUGUGGGGCAGCUGGGAUCCAGGAAAGACCGGAUUGAAGCUUUGAAAUUAGACUAACAAAGCUCCAGAUGGCAAGAGCCCAGGUGCGCUGCUUACACCCCCACCUGCAUUUUGAAGUCAUAUUCUUUUUUUUUUUUUUUUUUUUAAAGACAGGGUCUGGCUGUGUCUGUCACCUGGGCUGGAGUACAUCGGCACCAUCACAGCUCACUGCAGCCUCCAUCUCCCAGGCUCAAGCCUUUUCCCACCUCAGCCUUCCAUGUAGCUGGGACUACAGGUGCAGACCACCAUGCCUGGCUAAUGUUUUGUAUUUUUAGUAGAGAUGGGGUUUCGCCAUGUUGCCCAGGCUCCUCUCAAACUCCUGAACUCAAGCAAUCCACCCACCUUGACUUCCAAAGUACUGGGAUUAUGGGCAGGUGUGGGCCAUCAUGCCCAGCCUUGAAGUCAUAUUCUAAAUUGUAUUUGAAUUUGUGCCUCUUUGUUUUUUCCCCCGAACCAAAGCCCUCAAUUUGUAGUCCCCAUCCGCUUCUGCAGAAAUCUGGAAAACGCCAGUCCCUCCCCUCCUUUCUUUUCCAUACAGCAUAUUUAUAUAUUGUGAUGAGGAGUACUUUCUGAAGAGUACUUCGUAUUUUUUUUAAUUGCCUUGUUUGCCUUCAACUUCCUUGAUUUUCAUGGUUUACAUGGGUGUGUGUGGGGGGGGUGUGUGUGUGUAUAUACGUGUGGGUUAGGGCUUUUUUCGUUGCAUGUGAUGGUUCUGUGGACAUAUGAUCCCCGCAAACUGUGGGAGUGAUUGGCCAGGCCUUGUUUUUAUGUUUGUGUUUUCUUUUGAAGAAUAGAGUGGUAUUUAGAAAAUAAAUUGCAUUGCAAAGCUCUUAUCGGCUCGUAUGAGAGAGCAGGCUCCUGCCCUUGAAAAUGCUGGUAAGCUAUAGCAUAUGUUUUUUAAAACUUUUAAGCAUUUCAUGCUUUAAAAUACCUUCACAAGGAAACAUUACACCCAGAGGUUCAUUUGGUUUUCCUUUGUUUUAUGGUGCAUAUAGCAAUAAAGGACCCCGACCCCAUUUCGCCCUCCACCAUGCAACCCCACCCCCACCGGGCCUUUGUCCCUGCCGCUUUUCUCCCCUUCUCAUUCUCCUCUCCCUUUUCCUCACAGAAGGCUGUGAGUUGCUUUCAUUGUGACAACACUGUGAUGUCAUUUGGAAGGAUUUGCCAGUACAGACUGAUUCUGAAUUAUAGGCGGCAGUGUUGUUUGAAGCUCUACAUUACCAUAAUUGCCAUCAAGCACACACUGUUGGCAAAAGACUAACACCUGACUUUUGAAAUGCUUAUAAGAGAACAAAAGGAAAGGUCUCUUUUCACUGCUUAAAGUGGGGUCACUUCGAUACCCUUGCGGUCACGUCCAAGUCUGUCUGAUGAGUAUGGAAUCUCUGAAUGUAACUGUCAUGCAUCUACCAGGUCUUGAAUAUUAUAUGGGAAAUGUCAUAGUUAAAAACGUAUAGCCAGGCCCGUGUGCCGUUAAUAGCGUGGAAUUGUCAUGUUAAAAAAAACAGGAACCAAGUGUGACCUUGUGCAUAUGUUGACAGCUGAAAUUCUUCAUCGCUACUGAUGGGUGGCCCCUUAAAUUAACCUUGUCUUUGAUUGCUGUGUGCAGGGAAAGGUGUCCCUGUUCAUGCUGUUUUUGGGGGAAAGGGAGUACUUACAAGAAUACUCAUUUUGACAUAAUAGGUCCUCUUGUCAAGAGAUCCUCUACCACAGACAUUAAUAGCUGAGCAGCAGCCACAUGGAUUGAUUGUAUCCACCACCAUUGACAAUAGCAUUGAGCGUAGCUAGCUUAUUUCCAUCACUACGUGUUUUUGAGCUUGCUCUUAUGUUUUAAGAGGUGCCAGGGGUACAUUUUUGCACUGAAAUCUAAAGAUGUUUUAAAAAACACUUUUCACAAAAAAUAGUCCUUUGUCAUUACAUUAUUUACUCAUGUGUUUGUACAUUUUUGUAUGUUAAUUUAUGAAUGAUUUUUUCAGUAAAAAAUACAUAUUCAAGAACCAAA